CAAGUGGUAAAAUUACCGUUAGUAAGGUUGGACCGUUAUUUUUGGCGGGUAAUGUAAAUAACUAUACUUCAAAUAAUACUAUAAGAUAAAACCUUCAAAUUUUAUUUUUCUUGUAAUAAUGGCGAUGUUUUUAUCAACUUCACCUGUUGUUUAUCCUCUCCAUUUUCUCCCAAAUUCAGACCCACCUUACCAUCUUCUUCAAUCUCAACCAUCACUCUCUCUCCUCUCCAAAUGCAAGAACAUUGAAACCCUAAAACAAAUUCAUUCCCAAAUUAUUAAAACUGGUCUACAUAAUACCCAAUUUGCUUUAAGCAAGCUCAUUGAAUUUUGCGCCAUUGAUUCCUCUGGAGAUCUCUCGUAUGCGGUUUCGAUAUUCGAUACGAUUGAAGAACCGAAUACUCUUGUUUGGAACACUGUGAUUCGAGGGCAAUGUUUGAGUUCUUCUCUAAUCAAUGCUUUGGAAUUGUAUGUUGGUAUGAUUUCUUCGGAAGUUGUGCCGAAUUCUUACACUUUUCCUUCGAUUUUGAAGUGUUGUGCGAAAUCAGGGAGUACCCAUGAAGGGAAACAGAUUCAUGGGCAUGUUUUGAAGCUCGGGCUCGAUUCGGAUGCUUUUGUGCAUACAUCUUUGAUCAAUAUGUAUGCCCAAAAUGGGAAGUUAGAUUGUGCACGCCAAGUGUUUGAUAAAAGUCCUCAUAGAGAUCCUGUUUCGUAUACGACGCUUAUUACUGGGUAUGCAUCAAGGGGUUAUUUGGAGGAUGCACGUAAGCUGUUUGGUGAAAUUCCUGUUAAGGAUGUUGUAUCAUGGAAUGCAAUGAUUGCAGGGUAUUUGCAGAGGAGUCAAUUUGAUCAGUCUGUAUCAUUUUUCGAGGAAAUGUUGAGGGAACGGGUUAUGCCUAACGAGAGUACGAUGCUUAGUGUUCUCUCUGCUUGUGCUCAAUCAGGUAAUCUUGAGUUAGGGAAGUGGGUUAGGGAUUGGAUUGAAGAGAAUGGUUUUGGAGCAAAACUUCGACUUGUUAAUGCGCUGAUUGACAUGUAUGCAAAGUGUGAUGAUCUCGUGACUGCGCGUAGUUUAUUUGAGGGAUUACCUCAGAAGGACUUAAUCUCAUGGAAUGUGAUGAUUGGUGGGUACACACAUGGGAGCUUCUACAAAGAAGCUUUGUGUUUAUUUCGAGAAAUGCUAGAACUUCGUGUUGUGCCAAAUGAUGUGACUUUCUUGAAUGUCCUUCCAGCUUGUGCUCAACUAGGUGCUCUUGAUUAUGGCAAAUGGAUUCAUGCAUAUAUAAACAGAAGUUUCAACAGUUUAACUAACACUGCUCUUUUGACAAGCCUAAUUAACAUGUAUGCGAAAUGUGGUGAUGUAGAGGCCGCCAAACAGGUUUUCGAUAGCAUGAAAACUAGAAGCCCAGCUUCUUGGAAUGCAUUAAUAUGUGGGCUAGCCAUGCAUGGUGAUGCAACCCAUUCCCUCGAUCUUUUCUCAAGGAUGGUGCACGAAGGAUUCAGACCAGAUGACAUCACAUUUGUGGGUAUCCUGUCGGCUUGUACUCAAGCUGGUUUGGUAGAUCUUGGUCAGAGUUAUUUUAACGCAAUGAUCCAAGACUAUAAGAUUUCACCGAAAGUACAUCAUUAUGGUUGCAUGAUCGAUCUACUUGGUCGAGCAGGAUUGUUCGAUGAAGCAGAGGCCUUAAUGAGUACUAUGCCAAUGGAGCCAGAUGGUGCGAUAUGGGGUUCUCUCCUUGCAGCUUGUAAGCUCCACAAAAAGGUUGAAAUGGCUGAAAAGUUCGCCAACCAUCUUUUCAAGCUGGAACCUAGCAAUCCAGGGCCGUAUGUGCUUCUGUCAAACAUUUAUGCCGGUGCUAAUAGAUGGGAUGAUGUAGCUAGAGUUAGAACGAGAUUAAACGACCUAGGAAUGAAGAAAGUCCCAGGUUGUACCUCUAUCGAGAUAAAUAGCAUCGUUCAUGAGUUUCUUGUAGGCGAUAAGCUGCACCCACAGAGCAAAGCAAUAUAUGAGAUGUCUGAUGAGGUUGAUAGGCUCUUGACCUUACAUGGGCAUGUCCCUGAUACAUCUGAGGUGCUUUACGACAUGGAUGAGGACUUGAAAGAAGGAGCAUUAAGUCAUCAUAGUGAGAGAUUAGCAAUUGCUUAUGGAUUGAUUAGUACAAAACCCGGAACAACAAUUAGGAUUGUUAAGAAUUUAAGGGUAUGUGGAAAUUGCCAUUCAGCAACAAAACUCAUAUCCAAGAUCUUCAACAGGGAGAUAAUUGCAAGAGAUCGCAAUCGUUUCCAUCAUUUCAAAGAAGGUCAAUGCUCAUGUAUGGACCGAUGGUGAAUACAUCAUCGUGAUUACUAUGAUUAUGUCAAAUUUUCAUUAACAAAUGCUACAGUUAUGAAUUGUUACGAAACAAAAGUAAAUAAUGCAUAAUUGACGUUUUGAAAU